AUGGCCAAUGUGUUUGUGGACGACCCGCAUGCACUGCGAGCCUGCUUUCUUUACGAAUUCCUUCAAGGUCAUACAGCAGCCAAUGCUCACCGCAAUAUAUGUCGCGUGAUAGGCAAGGAUAACCUUCAGUACGAUGUAGUGAAGUUCUGGUUUCGUCGCUUCAAGAAAGGCGACUUCGAUCUCGAGAACAAGACCAGGUCACGUCGUACUCGCACAUACGUGGACGUGGAAGUGGACGAUAAUAUAGCAUUGUUAUGCUUUUGA